AUGAGGGGCGAGAACGGGACCCAGGUGGGCGCCUUCGUGCUGCUGGGCUUCCCCACGGCCCCUGGGCUGCAGCGCCUGCUCUUCCUGCUCUUCCUGCUCAUCUACCUCCUGGUGCUGCUGGAGAACCUGGCCAUCAUCCUCACGGUCUGGAGGAGCCCCACCCUGCACAGGCCCAUGUACUGCUUUCUGGGCUGCAUGUCGGCCCUGGAGCUCUGGUACGUGUCUGACAUCGUCCCCAAGAUGCUGGGCGGCUUCCUGCUGCAGCGCUGGCGCAUCUCCUUCGCGGGCUGCAUGACGCAGCUCUACUUCUUCAGCGCCCUCAUGUGCACCGAGUGCGUGCUGCUGGCCUCCAUGGCCUACGACCGCUACGUGGCCAUCUGCCACCCCCUGCGCUACCCGGCCAUCAUGACCGCGGGGCUGUGCGCCCGCCUGGUGGCCUUCUCCUUCGCCAGCGGCUUCUCCAUCUCCGUGGUCAAGGUCUACUUCAUCUCCAGCGCCACCUUCUGUGGCUCCAACGUCCUGAACCACUUCUUCUGCGACAUCUCCCCCAUCCUCAGACUGGCCUGCACGGACUUCUCGACGGCCGAGCUGGUGGACUUCGUCCUGGCCUUCGUCAUCCUGGUGUUCCCGCUCGCGGCCACCGCGCUCUCCUACGCGCACAUCGUCCUGGCCGUCCUGCACACGCCCUCGGCCACGGGCCGCCGGCGCGCCUUCUCCACCUGCGCCUCCCACCUCACCGUGGUCACCGUCUUCUAUAUGGCCUUGCUCUUCAUGUACGUCCGGCCCCAGGCCAUCGACUCGCGGAGCUCCAACAAGCUCAUCUCCGCAGUUUACACCGUGCUCACUCCAAUCGUCAACCCCUUGAUCUACUGUCUGAGGAACAAAGAAUUCAAGGAUGCUUUGCGGAAGGCUCUCAGCUUAGGUCAAUCUUCACAGCAGCACAACUCAACGUCCUAA